AUGGCGAAAGUACAAAAAAGCAACUAUCUCCCUUACCUUCAACAACUCCUCGACACUCAAGGCGACACGGAGGGCGUGGCCAUAGAAAGCGUGUGUGGGAUCUGCCAGGAGAGCAAACUGGAUAUUUCGAAGAGCACCAGGGAAUUCACUUCUUCUAUCGAACCCCCAAGGGAACAUCUCGAAUUACAUCGAAACUUUGUCGAUUAUAUCAAACAUGACAUCGAACGGACUGUAGCUCUUGCAUGUGGUCAUGUUUUUGGCGAUCGAUGCAUCAGGAGCCUCUUAGCUCAAGGAUCAGACCUCGUCUGCCCGUCUUGUGGGUUUAGAAUGGCAUAUCAAGGCUGCGGCCACGCCAUCCCGCCGGCCCUGAUUCCAGUUGAAGGCAACAAUCCGAUCCGGGACACAUUUCCCUUGACGAUCCCCGAAGGUGCGAGAGACCCGCAAAGCUGUAUGGAGUGUAGAUGGAGACAUAUUCGAUCGCAUAUUCGGUAUGCUCUUGCCGACGAGUGUGUCUUAUGCCGGCAAAGAACACUCGCCCAAAUGCCUUUAGACGCAGCUGGGCACCGGGCACAUAGAGAUCAACAUAUGAGCAUAGGACUCAGACAAGCUUUGGACGACAUCCUGGCGCUUAUUUGGCCCGAGUUCGUGACACGCGAGACCAACACGUCCCUAUCCAAGGCUUCGGCUGAAAGUGAGCGCCACCAAAUCCACGUUUCACUGCUAAACGCCAUGGUUCGAUCGGAAAUGGAGGACACAAUUUGGUAUCGCACCAAAGCCGGCAGGUCGACUCACCUAACUAAGGAACAGUUGAGGAGACAUACCCGCGGGAUGGCAUCGAUCGAGCAGACUCUUCUGGGCUGGCUCAUGGACUCUACCCGAGAGCAGAGACGGAUGUGGUAG